AUGGUUCACACGCGCCUCUUGGUUCACGCUGGCGCGAGAAGCGGUCUGAGGGACGACGAGCAAUUCAUCUUCCAAGCUGAGGCGUAUGCUGAUCUCGACUCCAACCGCGCGCUUCGACGCCACCCUGGAACAUCGCGACAACCGUUGGAUCGUCUGAAAGACCACAUCUAUGCUCAAGAGCAAUCAAGCAUUUCCCACCGCGCUUCGCCCCAGAAGCAAGCCGCGAGCCAGCCGCUGCGUGUUUUCGACAUCCAAGUCGCACACGCUAUCACCUAUGUCGAAGAUACGCAGCUGGCAUACACAGCGCUUGAAAGUCAGCUCCCGACGCCGUCGCGUAUCUCCUGCACCAAGACACCGAGGAAGACCGCAGUACACGAAGCAACGCUGGGAGCUACAACGCAUACGAUCGACUAUGCCAUACCGACACCGUGCAAAGUUACCCCCGCCAGAUGUGCCAUCCCACCUUUUGUUACGGAAACAGCUCCAAGAUCGAGUCGCAGCUAUUCGUGGCCUGGCAAUGCCCCUUGGAGCCAGUCCUCAUACCUGAUCUCACCGGCACUUGCUCGCUCAAGCAAAAGAAAACGACUCAAUGAGAAUCCAUCGUCUACCAGCCAGCAGCGUCAUGCAACCACUCCGGCGACUGCUCGGAGCGCACUACGCUUCCCCAGUCCGGCCAAGCGCCGUAAAUCCACGCAGGGCGUUGUUGGCAGAGACAAAAUCAGCGGCGCAAACGGGAACUCUUCAGAGCUGCCGACUUCGUACUCGGUGAGCGACGAGGCUGGAAGCCUCAGACGCCGAGCUCGCACGUCGCAAAGGUCCGCUAGCGAUCCAGGUCCACAGUCUCUAAACUUUCGCGGGAGGGUGCCACAAAAUGCAGCGUCGCAGCGCGAGAACACAUCUCCCAUAAAGUAUGGAGCAACUCUUAAGCAGACGCAUCAGGUAGCUGGCAUUGAAGCUGUUCACGCCCCAACCUCAGCUACUGAACGCGAUGAGACCACUGCCCACAGCCACAAGCCUGUCGACAUGCACUCAUUGCCAGCUGCCAUAUUUCCACCCACUGCAGCAGUAGGUCAGCAAUUCGGGACCCAUGUUACACCAGCUUUGCAACGACUGAUCGCCGGCGACAUCGCCAAGUGCUUCAAGCCUACACUGGAGAUCCGGGCUAUCGACAACCUAGAACGUGGCCACUGGCGUAUGCAGAUGCCUAGCUGGCCCUCUGAACAACUCGCAGCAUUCUGGCGAAACUUGGAGCACUAUAUAGCUGGCGGCAAUGCAGGCUGGGGUGUCUGGUGUACUCGCGAGCCAGACACUUGUUUCCGAAGCAACAGCGAGCGGACGGAAGAGCGCCACGGCAGACCAGCCGAAUGUUGCGGCACGGAAGUCAGCACAGGUCAUAGCACGAUCCGAGUAUACUGCUGGGGUGAAGUCGUACAGCACGUUUACCUGCUGCUCUACGUUGCGAGCAAUAGCAAGGUGCGCAAAUCUGGACUCCAGUGGCUCGAUUCGCAGGGCACUGUGGUUGUUCAGAUGCCUACAAACGGAUCUACACGUAGUAAGUAA